AUGAUUUCGGAGAAGAAGAAACACCGGAAGGACAAGGCCCACCGGAAGGGAAAACAUCGGGAAGGGGAGGAAGAGGCCUGGGAAAUCCACCACAAUGGGGAUAAUAACGAGAAUAAUAACGAGGAUAAUAGCGACCAUGGAGACGAAAACGACUGCAAUGGCCACUCCCUUUCGCCCCUAAUUGAGGCACACAACAUCUUCGAAGACGAUCAGGUUAGCCAAAACGGCGAAAAGGAAAAGAAAAAGAAAAAGAAGAAGAAAAAAAAAAAAAAAAAUAGGGAGGACGACCAGGAGGGGGAGUCCCCCCACAUGGACGUAAACGACCCAAAUGAUCAGAUGGAGGAAAAUCAACUGGGUAGCCACGAUGAGCAGGAGGAAGAAAAAAAAAAACGCAAAGAGGAAAAAAAAAGACUUAAGGAGGAGAAGAAACAACGCAAAGAGGAGAAAAAAAGACUCAAGGAAGAAAAAAAAAGAUUGAAGGAAGAGGCGAUAAACCAACCGGUGCCCACGAAACCACCUCCAACAGGAAGGAAGAAAAAAAGUGUGCGCUUCGAGCAGGAAGAAGUCACCAACGAAGAACUCCUCAAUUACUUCAUCCAGUCGUACAGGGACAAAAUUAGCAUAGAGCAUGACGAACUGUGCCAAGUAAUGACUGGCAAGAAAUUUUUUGAUAUCGAACGAUUGGCAAAAAACGCCACGGAAAUUACCCACCAACCAUUGAUGCUGAAAAAUAUACAAAAGGAACAGCAAAAUUAUUGCAAGCAGUGUGGGUACAUUUACAAUUAUGACGAUUACAUGUACUUGUAUAUGAAACGUUUUAAUCUGUCCAAGUAUAGACAAACCAGUAACUGCCUCAGUGGUAGUAAUUCCUAUGGCCCAUUUAGUGGUCACAUGGAGAGCGCCCAGUUCGAAAACGAAAACUCCAUCAAGUGUAUUUAUUGUGGAGCCCUAAUUGAUACCAUCGAAAUGUAUGACCACUGGAAUGGAAAAGAAAAAUAUAUUGAACUGAAUUCCUACAGAGAAAAAUACAUUUUUGACAAGAACCAAAAAAGUUAUUGGAAAAAUAAAAUCACCUCCAUUGAGAAAAACGUCUCCCUAUUCAAGGAAGAUCAAAACCAAGCCUAUAAUAUUACCUAUGAAAAGUGUACAGAUUGUGGGAAUGACUUUUUGCAUUUUAUUAAUAUACAGACUAGGAGUGCCGAUGAAGGAUCCACCAUCAUUUAUUUCUGUCCCAAUUGUAAGAAGCAGACAACUGUAAAUAACUAG